AUGAGCAGCAGCAAAGAAACAGUAAAUGAAGAGCAGAAGACAGAUAGCCAGAUAGUAAUUCAGCCCAAGUCCCCCACAGCUUCCUUGAAGAGAAAGAUUGUGGACAUCUCUCUGAAUGAAGUAAAGCAUGUCAAAAUAGUGGAAGAGAAAGCAGAGUCGCAGUCGCAAUCCUGUGCAUUUUGCAACAAAAAGCUGAAAUUCAUCAGCACAUUCACGUGCAGGUGUCAGAAGUCCUUCUGUGCACGCCACAGAUUCUUUGACCAGCACAGCUGUACAUUUGAUUACAAAAGCGAAGCAAAGAAUAAGCUUUCGGAAAGCAAUCCAAAAGUUGCGCCAAAGAAGAUUUCAGAGUAA